AUGCCUCCUUUGUCUGAGAUCUUCACGAAGCUUCUCAAAAAGGCCAUGGCGGCAGGGAAGGUGCCUCUAGACUGGCUGCACCACCCUCUCUCCCCCGUGCUGCCCGCGCUGGUGCUUAUAGCGGGGGCCAUCUGGCUGCUGGGGCCGCUGGUACGGCUGUGUAGGAAGGUGAUUAAAAAGAGCGACGCCAACUGGGAGGAAUCGCGGUCUCGCCACGUCAUGGUGUCCUAUUUGCGCCCGCUCAUCCUCUGGGGCUGCGUGCUCGUGCUCUGUGGCUGUUUCCAGCCGUUCUCAAUGCCCACGGCAGCAGGGCAGCUGAUCAAGGACCGCUUUGUCAACUUCCUGCGAUCGCUCUCCACCGUGCUCGUCUUUGCCUUCUGCACCGCCAACCUAACACGGCAGAUACAGAAGAUGAUGGAGAAGCAGAGCAACAAGGAGGAGACCCGAAAUGUGGGAGUGCAGUUCGUGGGCAACACGGUCUACACGCUCGUGUGGGUGGCGGCGGUCUUCCUCUUCAUGGAGCUGCUCGGCUUCUCCACUCAGAAGUGGAUCACUGCCGGAGGGUUGGGGACUGUCGUGGUCACCCUGGCUGCCAGAGAGAUCGUGACCAACUUCCUCUCGUCCAUCAUGAUCCAUGCCGCACGCCCCUUCAUGGUCAACGAGUGGAUCGUGUGCCGCAUCGACGGCCAGGAGAUCUCGGGGACUGUGGAGCACGUGGGGUGGUGGGAGCCAACACUAGUGCGCGGCGACGACAGGGAGGCCAUUCACAUUCCGAACCACAAGUUCAGCGUGAUUGUCAUUCGCAACAUGAGCACGCGCAACCACUGGCGCAUCAAGAUCUACUUCGGGGUGUGCCACCUCGAUGUCAACAAGCUGCCGGACAUCCUGGUGGCGAUGCGCAAGUUCAUAGGCAAGCACCCCAUGCUGGAGCAGCGCCAUCUGCACCGACGUGUGUUUGUGGAGCGCAUAGACGAGCAGCUGCAGGCCAUCAUGGUCAUGUGCUCAUGCUUCGUCAAGACGCCCUAUUUCGAGGAGUACCUGCGAGUCAAGGAGAACGUUGUGCUGGAGAUGUACAAGAUUAUUCUCGAGCACGGCGCUCGCCUCGCCACCCCUAUCCGCUCAGUGCAGAGACUAUACGACGAGGGCGAGGUGGCACGGGGGGGGUACAGCGAUGAGGACGAGUUUGACGAGGAGGAAGAAGAUGAGGACUAUGAGGACGAGGAGGAGGAGGAGAUGCGUCCCCCCGCGCUGCUCGUCGCUGCUGGGCUGGGCGUGGCGGGCUCUGGGUCCGUUGGAGGAGCAGGAGGGGGAGGUGGCGGAGGGGGUGGGGGGGCAGCAGGGCAGGGAGGCGGGGAGGUGAAUGGGCAUGCGAAUCUGGGGCCCAAUGGAGGUGCAAGCAGAGGCGUGAGUGGGAAUGGUAUGCCCGGUGGUGCAGGCGAUGCUGGUGCUGCUAAUGGUGGCCUGCAUCACUCUCCUUCUCCUUCUGCUGCUGCUGCUGCUGCUGCUGCUGGUAGUGGUGGUGCUGCUGCUGCUGGUGGUGUUGGCACAGCUGCCAGUAGUGCUGGUGUUGCUCCCCCCGCCACUACACAUGCAGCUGCUCCCCCAUCCUCCUACCCCCCUCUCCCUCCUUCCCCUCCUCAGUCCUCGCCUACACCCUCCUUCUCUCCUCCCCAAAUCUCCUCUCCUCCGCCUCCCACAUCACCUCCCAUGCAGCAAUCCACAUCACCUCCCAUGCAGCAAUCCACGUCACCUCCCAUGCAGCAAUCCACGUCACCUCCCAUGCAGCAAUCCAUGUCACCUCCCAUGCAGCAAUCCACGUCACCUCCCAUGCAGCAAUCCACGUCACCCCCUGUGCAGCAAUCCACGUCACCUCCCAUGCAGCAAUCCAUGUCACCUCCCAUGCAGCAAUCCACGUCACCUCCCAUGCAGCAAUCCACAUCAUCAUCCACACAGCCCUUCAUCCCUCCUACUCCUCCCCCUGGCCCUCCAUCAGCCCCUCCCCCUGUCCCCCUUUCCUCACGCCCCCCCUCCCCUCCCCGAUCACCUCCCCCUGGCCCUCCAUCAGCCCCUCCCGCUGUCCAGCCCUCAUCACGUCCUCCCUCCCCUACCCGAUCACCUCCUCUUCCCACCUCCUCAUCGGCCCCGCCUGCCUUCCCUUCCCCUGCCCCCACCGUUUCCACUCAGGGAAGAGCCUCUGCCAACCCUGGCCCCCCUGCUCCCUACCCCCCCUCUGCUCCCCAGCCUCCCUUCGCUUCUCCCCAGAAGCCCCCUGUGAAGCCAGCUCCUGCUGCUGCUUUCGCCCCUCCGCCCUCUUCAAGCCCACCUUCCUCCCCAGCUCCUCCCCCCUCAGCCGUCCCGUUAGCCUCCCCCGUUCCCCUGGUGUCCCCCUCUCCCUCCACCCCCGCCGGUGCUGGCCCGCUAACCAGUGGCCCUCCUAACAGGCAAGCAGCGCCCACCGCUGCUGCACCCAGUAGUGCCCCACCCACCGCUGUUCCACCCACCGCUGUUCCACCCACCACAGCCAGUCCGGUGGCACGGGCUCCUGCUGGCCCACCUCUCUCCACCGCUCCAUCAUUCUCUCCCACUCCUCAAACACCCUCUGCACCCUCUGCUGCUCCUCCCACACCCUCCGCCGCUCCUCCCUCACCACCAACACCCAGAGGCCCCACCAACCCACCUGGGAACCUCAGCAGCCCAAGGCAGCCCCCUGCUUCUGUUCCAGCACCCUCUGCCACUCCCCCUUCCUCCUCUGCUACAGCUGCACCUGCCACUUCUCCUACCUCGCCUGCUACAGCCGCAACUGCCAAUCCACCUUUUACCUCUGCUACUGCCCCUCGCUCUCCCGCUGCCGCUUCUGGUACAGCUGCCCCCCGCCCUCCUUCUCCCUCCUCUGCUACUGCUGCCCCCGUUUCUCCUUCUGCUCCCUCUGUUACAGCUGCUGCAGCUGCACCUCCCAACGCCUCUGGUGCUCCUCCCCCAACCACACCACAGUCUGCUAGGUCCUUGGGUGGUGCACCUGCAGCAGCGGCAGCAGCACCGCCACCACCAUCAGCAACAGCGGUGGCGAUUGGAGAUGCAACGCGCGGAAUGCAAGCAGCAGCCGGCAGAGUGCCAGCCACGCCAGGGCAACAGGCAGCACGGAUGGCACCAGCACAGGGAGUAGCAGCUGAAAGAAUGGGAGGUGCAGCAGGGGGGGGAGGUGCAGCAGGGGGAGGUGGAGCAGGGGGAGGUGCAGCAGGGGGAGGUGGAGCAGGGGGAGGUGCAGCAGGGGGAGGUGCAGCAGGGGGAGGUGCAGCAGGGGGAGGUGCAGCCAAGGGGGCUGCAGCAGGUUGGGGAGGUGUGGCAGGGGGAGGUGCAGCAGGGGCUGGUGCAGCAGAUUCAUCAGGCUUGAGAGCAACUAUGGCAGCAGGUGAAAGAAUGGGUGAGCAAGGUGCAUCUGCCGGAGGCAGUGGUGCUGAUGCUGCUGCUGGUGCUGGCAUUCGUGGUGGUGGCAGUGGUGGUGCUGAUGGUGGUGGCAGUGGCGGUGGCGCUUCGGCAAGCAGGCGGGAGGUGUUGAGAGAGCAGCGUGCAGCGAGGUGGAGAGAGGAGCAGGCAAUGAGGGGCAGUGGGGGCACAGCCGUUGUGCCACCAUCAUCACAGCCCCAACCACCAUUGACAUCCAGCCAAUCGCCAUCCAGCCAACACCCAUUCAACUAUCCACCGCCCAACCAACAACCACCCUCCCAAGCACAAGCAGGCUUAGCCUCCUCCCAGGCGCCAGCAUCUCUAUCUCCUCCCCGCCACCUCUCCACCUCAUCCCCUCCACAAGCACCCCCUUUACAAGCAUCCCCUCCCCCUUUCGUCACUCCUGCUCCCUCCCGCCCCUCCCAUUCCCAAUCCCAGCAUACCCAGCCCCUCGCGCAACCCUCCUCUCCUGCACCUGCCUCCACUUCCCCUCCCUCCUCUCCCAUUCCCUCCACUCCCGCUGCCCCCUCUCUGCUGCCCUCCUCUCCCCUUCCCUCCCCCAACCCCAUCCUGCCCCCCACCUCCCCGCCAUCUCCUGUGCCCUCCUCUCCCUCCCUCACACCCUCAUCUACCGCCCCCUCUGCCUCCCCCACUGCCUCCCCCUCUGCCUCCCCCUCUGCCUCCCCCUCUGCCUCCCCCACUGCCUCCCCCCCUGCCCCCCCCUCUGCCUCCCCCUCCGCCUCCUCUGCACCUCCUGCCCCAGUGCUCUCGCCUCCUCCCCAACCACCAGAAGUAGCUCCCCCAACCACGGGCACAGGCAUGGGCACAGGCACGGGUACAGGCACAGGCACGGGUGCUGGUACAGGAGCAGACACACAUACAGGGACAGCGGCAGUGGGUCAAAGUGGGAGGCUGACGAUACAGGAACAGGAGGUGAAGGAGCGUAAAAAAGCAGUGAGAGGAGAGGAGUUGGGGGAAGAAGAAGAGGAGGGAGGGAAAGGGAAGGACGGGGACAGGGAAGGAAUGCAGCAGGCUAUACUGUUCGAGGUGGAAGGGGAGGGGGGUUAUGAUACUGAUUGGAAGGCUGAGAUUCAGCAGGCACUGGGAAUGGACGGAGGUGAUGAGGAGGGCGAGGGAGAGGAGAAACAAGUGGGACAGUCAAGCCAUGCGGAGAAGGAGAGUGAGCGAGAACAAGAGAGGAAGCGGGGCGAGGGUGGGAGGCGUGGGAAUGAGGGGGGCCCGGGUGAUUUGGGAAAGCGGGAGGAAAGUGAGGGUGUAAGGCUGGCUUCUGAUGGGAAGCCAGGGGUGGGAGUGGGGAUGGGAGUUGAGGUAGCUCCUGUGCCUGUCUUUGCCGUUGAUGUCAUUUCAACUCGUGCGAUCACACAGCCUAAAGCUACUGGUGAUGAUGGUGAUGGUGGUGAUGGGGUUGGUGGGGGAGGAGGAAAUAAUUUCACUAGCACAGCUGGCAUGGGUGCAUCUGACUUGGCAUCAGAAGGCGAAGCAAAGAGCAUUGGUGGGCGAGUGUUGGCAUCAGGAGAGGCAGUGACACGAGGGGGAGCAGGGGAGUCCAGGCCAGUGCUGCUGGGAGCAGCAGCUGCUGCGAUGAUGAGUGAGGGUGGUAAGACUUCAGCAGUUGCAGCAGCAAGCUUCUCGGGUUCAGAUUCAGAUAUAGCUACAGGGACAGGGAAGGGCGGGGAAAGAGAAGCAUAUGGUGGGACCAAUGCUGCAGGUGCUGCUGGUGUUACCGAGGUUGGAGGUGGUAGCGAAGUGACCAAUGCCAGCAGCACGUCGCAUAUAGAGGACAUUCGCAAGAGAUACCGCAUCGGCAAGAAAAUCGGUAGCGGUCGGUUUGGAACGGUCCACGAGGCGGUUGAUAGGCAGACAGGCGUCCACGUGGCAGUGAAGACGAUCCCUAAGGACAAAUACAAAUGCGCCGCGCUGUCGGUCUUCCGCAAGAAGGACAAGGCGGAGGCGGAAUCCACUCUCCGCCUGCUCCGCGGAGAGGCGGAAAUUAGCCAGGCGAUCGGCGGAAAGCAGGGGGAAGGGCAAGCGGAAGGGCAGGCGGAAGGGCGGUCGAAUGUGGUGGAGGUGUUAUCUGUGAUAGAGGGGCGGCGCCAUAUGUACAUAGUCAUGGAGCUCUGCCGCGGCGGCUCGCUCGCUAGUUACCUCGAGAAGCGGCGGCGCGGCGAGGUAACGGGCCUCGCACCUGCUGCCCCGACCGCGAUCGAAUCGUCUGCCGUGGAUCGCGGUCACGCGGGGAACGCAGGAGAGAAGCUAUUGGCGCUCGAGCAGGGCGCAGAGUCGGAGGGGGAGGCGGAAGCGGAGUCUUUCGCCCACCGCCUCCGUCAAUUCAGCUCCGACGAUCUCUCCGCGUCCUCCUCCGCGUCAGACGUGGGGAGGGAGAGCGACGACGAUCACGACGCAGUGACCGCGGAGAGCCGUCGUGAGGCCGCAAACCACGCGAUCUCCCCCGCCACAUCCCCCGCUACCGCCGGUUAUUCCGCCCUGGCGUUCCUCGAGCGCGGCGCGUACGGCGCGGCGCGACGACAGCAGCAGGAGCGGGAGGACGAGGCGGCGUGGAUGGCUUACGAAAUCGCGUCGGCAGUGGCGUACCUCCACUCGCAGGGGAUCAUCCACCGCGACAUCAAACCCGAGAACGUGCUCAUCUCGCAGCCGCCCGUUUCCUCUUCCGCUUCUACAGCUGCUACAGCCGCUACAGCUGCUACAGCCGGCACCGCUGCUACAGAUGCGCGCGAUCAUCGCAACUCCCAGCGCCGCUCCCGGCACCGAGUCAGCUUGAGCAGGGACGGCGGUGUUUCGCUGAAGAGGCGCGUGGCGCUCGUUACUGUCACGAGCACGCUGCAGCGGUCCGCGUCGCGUAGAAUCACCCCCGUUGCAAGCAACCCCUCGUUAGACGAGUUGCCAGGGGAAGAGGAGCAGCAGCAGCAGCAGAAGCAGGAGCAGCGACAGCGGCUGGUUCUAGCUGAUUUUGGAUUGGCUGAGAGGGUCAAGGAGGACGGUACAGUGCGACGCGGAAUGGUGGGCAGCCCCGCUUACAUCUCCCCCGAGGUCGCCGGAGGGUUGACUACCAGUUACCCCUCGGAUAUCUGGGGUAUUGGCAUCUGCCUCUUCCUAACCCUUUCCGGCGGGCAGUUACCCUUUUCGGGACGCGACACGAGAGCGCUUCUGAGAAAUAUCCGGCGGGUGGCGCUGCCAAUGGGAACGGCGGCAUGGAUGGGCGUGUCGAGUGAAGGCAAGGAGGUGGUGAGACAGCUGCUGGCAGCCAAGCCGAGUGACAGGCCGUCUGCUAGGGAGGUGUUGGCGAUGCCGUGGGUGGUGGAGGGGAGGAACAGAUGGCUGCAGAGGCACUAUGGGCAAUGA